AUGGCUCUUGUGGACUAUGGUGGGAGCAGCUCCUCCGCCUCUGAAGAUGAAGAAUCCAGUGAAAGCAUUCAAACCCCAACUUUGAGCACCCUCAAAAGAUCGGCCCUGCUGCCCACAGCUGCCGCUAUUUUGGGACCCAAGAAACCGAAACCCGAGGAGUUCGUCGAUGAUGUGGUGGAUGAUCCUGCGCUACAUGGCGGACGCAUCCGUAGCUUCAAGCACGAGCGAGGAAACUGGGCUACCUACGUCUAUGUGCCGGCAGCAGCCUGUGCUGAUCAGCUGGAGGAGUUCCAAGGCGAAGCCAUUGCCCAUUUGGAGCCCCACUUGGAACUGCAUGCCAAUGAAUCACUUCACCUGAGUUUGAGUCGCACGGUGGUGCUCCAAUAUCACCAGAUCGACGAGUUCUCGCGAUCCUUGCAAACAGCUCUUAACAGCUCCGCGGGGUUCACCGCCACUUUGCAAGGCCUGCGGAUCUACACGAACGAGGAGCGCACCAGGACCUUCAUUGCCGCCCCCUUGGAUCCCGCCUUUGUGGAGAAGAUGACUGCCAUUCUGCAGCCCAUCGACCGGGUGAUGCUCGACUACCGGAUGCAGCAGUUCUAUGAGCCUGCCUCGUUCCAUGUCAGCCUGCUUUGGUGCUUGGGCGAUCAGGAGGCACUGCUGAAGGACAAACUGAAAGAGCUACAGGAGCUCCUUGAAGAUCAGGACACUCUGCCGCUGGCAGUCAACGAAGUGCACUUGAAAUGCGGCAACAAGGACUUUACCUACAUGCUUAAAUAGACUGUGGAUAUGGAAAUUGUGUUCUCCCUUAAGAUAUUUGGGGACUAUGACAACCUUUAGUAUCUUUCAAUUUAUUAUAUCCAAAGUUUUACAUUUAUAUUUAAAGAUAUGCAUGCU